UCCAGGGCUCCAACUGCAUCAGCUUCUGGCAGCUUUUCAAAUCUGUUUGCUUGACUCCCAAGCUCAGAUAAAGAGGUGAAAGUGGUCAGGACGUGCCUGGCACGUGGACGGCCAUCAUGACCACCAUGGAUGAAGAGGAUCUAAGCGAGUAUUUCCGCAUGCAAUAUGGACAGAAAUUGUUGAAACUGUUGAUGAAAUUCCCAGUGUCAGAGGAGCAGUCUCCAUCUCCUUCCAUUCGACUCCUGGAGAAGAAGAAAGAGGCCAAAUUGGUGCAUCAGGCCAUGGAAGCUCAAAAGGAGGCAUUUAAAACAAGAAUGGAAUCCCUAAACAACAGGUGGGAAGAGCUUGGUACAAAAGAAGUCCAGCUGAAAGCAUAUAUUAAGAAAUUUGAGCAAUUCAUACAGGAGAAUGACCAGAAACGGAUCAGAGCUCUGAAGAAAGCCAACAAGGAACGAGAACUGAAGAAACAGCGAGUGAAGGAGCUCGCCAAGGUCAAGUUAGAGAUCGCAGCUCUGAAACAGCAGCACCAAAAGCUCUACAACAAGCUACAGCAAUACUCAAUCUUCAACAAGUAUUUGGAGAAGGUGGUGCAAGUCUCUGAGUUUGAAGAAAUCCGGGAAGUCAUUGGACGCUAUAAAACUCUAGUUGGGAUGCACCGGGAUCUCCUGCAGUCAGCCCAGGAGGGGCUGGAGUUGAUUGAACAAGCCAAGGUGCGCCUGGCCCGCUACAAAGAGGAAAAAGAUGAUGAGAUUCUGCAACACAACAAUGAGCUGGCCCGCCUGCAGCUGCGCUUUGACCAUGCCCGAAGUGACGUCAUUGCCUGGGAGUCCCGCUGGGCUCAUAUCCAGAAUACUGCUGCAAAGAAAACCCUGAUGCUGGGCACCAUCAAAAUGGCUACACUGAAUCUUUACCAAAGUGUAAACAAGCAGAUGAAGGAAACUUUAAUGGUGCCUCUGGAGGACACUCACAGGCAGCUGGAUAUGAUCCAGCAGUUUAUCCAAGAUCUGUCAGACAUCUGGGCAGAAGUGAAGAAGAAAGAUCAAAAUCGAUCACAAACAGGGCUUCCCAAGGACAUGUAGAGGAAAGCUGUCCAAAGCUUUACACAGCUUACUUCCCUGCUCAUUCUAUAUUUGCUAAAUUUUGGGCGGGGUUAUGUUUUAUUUAUUAUAUAAUUUGUAAUUAUCAAAUCUACUUUACUUUCUUUCAUACAAAACAAAGUUACAUGAUAUCAAGAGUAUAUUUUGCAAAUAAAACUUUCUCAACUGUG